UGACAGCUUCAGCUCGUCCGAUAAAUAAACAAUGUGGCGGCGUUUAAUCACGCCGGAUAGUCCACCAAAGGAAAGCGAUGCGCUCCGCUUUGGGAUCCUAGGAGCUGCGUCGAUUGCCCCUUUUGCCUUGAUAAUACCUGCGCACUCUCAUCCUGAAGUCAUCGUAGCUGCCGUCGCGGCUCGGGACCCAAGCCGCGCGGAGGCGUACGCCAAAAAGCAUCGAAUUCCCACCGUUCACAAGAGCUAUGAUGACUUGAUCGAAGAUCCGAGUAUCGACUGUGUGUACAUUCCACUUCCCAACGGCCUGCACUACGAGUGGGCUCUCAAAGCGCUUACAGCUGGGAAACACGUCCUCCUGGAGAAGCCGUCCGUGUCCAACACAGCAGAGGCACACUCUCUGUUCCGCCAUCCGCUAUUCAAGGAACCAAACCCGCCGGUGCUGCUCGACGCCAUUCAUUACCGUUUCCAUCCCGCGUGGCAGUACUUCCUGACCCUAUUCUCCCCAACCGAAGUCAGCCACGUGCAAGUGACCAACAAAAUGGUCGCUGGCAUCAUUCCGGAGAAAGACAUCCGAUUCCAAUGGUCACUUGCCGGCGGAGCGCUCAUGGAUUACGGCUCGUAUGCUGUGAGUGUUAUACGCGGCAUCUACCGCGACGAACCGAGUAAUGUUGUUUCCGGUUCCCAUGAGCCGCUGCGCGACGGCCAAGAUGAACGUAUCGAAAGGGCACUUUCAGCGAAGUACGAGUUCCCGAAUGGUGGAACCGCAGACAUCGUAACCGAUCUUCGAGCUCCUUGGACUUGGGAGAAUAUCACUUCGCUCGCGCCAUCGCUGGUCGUGAAGCUAAAGGAAAAAGAUGAAGGUGUCACCGACGGCUUGAGAAAGAUUGUCGCGACUGAGAUCAAGAUGGUCAAUUACAUGAUACCUACAAUCUACCAUCGCAUACAUAUCACGACGACCACUUCCUUUGUCGAUGCUCAAGAUGCAACGAAGGUCGUCCGCAGUAGCUCAACGAAAGAAAGCAAGACGAUGUACAAUUGGGCUCCGACAUCUGAAGAGAAACAGCCCGGCGAGGUUUACUGGACUACGUACAGACACCAGCUGGAACAAUUCGUCAACCGAGUACGAGGAAGGAAGGGCAAUGGGGUCUGGAUCUCAGGCGAGGACUCGAUCAAGCAGAUUGAGACCAUCGAUCGAACAUAUGAGAAGCUAGGUCUACCGAUCAGGCCCUCAAACACAGGUAUCCAGUCAUGAGCUGCAUGGCCGAGAACCUAGUAUGAUGCUGUUGAACUUCGCGUAUAUACCCUCACAGAUUCCGUAGUGUGGUUUAAAACCACAAAUGGCGAGCAAGCGGGCGUUCUGGGAUAUUCACCUGUAUUUGUAUUCUUUACUUCAUCUACAUGUAAGAUACCGAUAUAGUUAGUUUACUCUACAUAAAGAUGAUAUACCAUAGAAUGCAGCAUGAACAGGGAUUACGAUACCUUAUGCGAU